GCUGGGAAGGCAAGAUGUCGGCAUAGCUGAUUGACUGUGAUAUACGGCUGUGUCACAUCGAGCCAGCUCAAUCCGCCGGCGUUCGACGAGAGAAAAUUUAAGAAGAUGGAUGCUCCCGUAACGAAGACAAACUCGUAUCGCGAUCGCUCCCGUAACGCGGGGUGGAGGGUGUCUGACAGCUGUCAUUGCGCACUUUCCUCUUUUCUCGCGGCAGUCAGAUCGAAAAUCUUUAUUUAUAUCACAUACGACGAUGUUCCCGUAGAGUGCGACUGGCUCUGUGCGUGAAUUACGAAUACGAAAACACGACGACAGAAUGGCGAACGACGAGGUGCUAGGGCCGCGAAAAACGAUGUUCGUUUUAGUGAUUGUUGUGGGGUGUUUCGCCGUUCUGUGGCCCAGGAUCUUGUCUCCGCUUAUCCUGGGCCACACUUCAGAGCAGCUUAAGCCGAACAAGUUUGACCGGGAGACAGGCUGCUGUGAGGUGUUGUUUGAAAGAGAAGUGGCUGUCCUCGAGCUCCUUAAUGAAGUUUGUAGUUCAGCUCUUGGAAAAGAAAAGUUUACGCCACAAUCAGCGGCAGAAUGUCGCAAAGCUGUCAAUGCCACAUGUGGCUUGGAUAUAGCGGCAUUUGUAAAAAGAAACGAGAGUGUUGGGAAGACAACAAAAAUGCUGAUGGAAUCUAUGAAGAAAAGCAAUAGCUCUUGCCUCAAACAACAUUUCGGUGUUCCGAUUUAUAGCUUGAGUACACAUUUCGCAACAAAUUCCUGGACAAAACAAGACACGAUUAAGCAAGAGCGAUCACCAAUCCGUAUGGGCCCGCACCCAGCGUUACUCGAGCGAGGAAGGGCGAUACCACCAGGACCACCACCACCGGCGCGCCCCGUCGUUUUACCACCUCACGUCAGGGUACGAUCACCACUCUCUGUGUACUACGAUUUGGACAUCAAGCCCCCACCUAUCCCGGGCAUGCGUCCUCCGCUGGGCUCUCCCGGCGGUCCGGUCCCGGCGCCGAAGUCCUCAAUGGGUUUCGUAAUGCCCAUCUACACCAUCUGCAUCAUUGUAUUCUUCGUGUACACGCUCAGUAAGAUACUUUUUAAACGUACUGGCGUGCCAUAUGAUCCUGUAACGCCCGAUCCUCAAUUCCGGCGACGUGUAUUCAGGGAUGAUUCCAGAACCUCGCCUGACCGAUUGGGACACAAAGAAACGGAUACAAGGGACGAGGAGAUAGCGGCUCUGAAGGCGCGUCUGGCCCAGACAGAGCGCGCGAUGCAACGGAUCGUGGGACAGCUCGCGAGGCGCGACGCGGAAGUGCUGGAUAACGCUCGCCCAUUUACAAACGGAAAUUUGCUUUUCAAUAGUAGCCCUGUUAAAAUAGUAGCUUGUGAAUAUAUUGAGCCUCCAAUAACAACUGUACAACAAAAAGAUAAUGAAUUAUCCCUGAAAAAAUCCGAUCUCGACCUUGAAAUUUCUGGUGUUGAGAAAGAAGAUAAAGUGGUACCGCCGAAAUCAGUAAAAAAAGAGAAAACUGAUGACGACUAUCCGACCACAUGGUGUGGAGACUACGAAGUACCGGUUAUUGAGCCGGACACACCAGAUUCUCCGAGCGUAGAAUUGAUGGAUCCUGUCGUAUUUAAAGUAGUGGAGGACAACGUUCCUUCAAGUAAAAUUAAAGAUAAUGUUGAAAAGAUCGCAACCAAACCCAAAAAUGCAGAAAUAAUAAAAUCAACACCUGAAGAUGAAACCAACGCAGAAGAAAAAGAAGAAAGUGAUACGUUCUUAGAGCUUUUUCAAAUAUCCGACGGAACAGAAUCCAGUGCAGGAGAUAAUGCAACAAAGUUAUCUGAUGAUUCUGUGAACGAAGAAGAGGAAAGGCGAGAGCCACUAACCUUAGCAGAACUUGUCGAAUACCAUCGCAUGCAAAACGCUGAAACUAAAGAUAACACAGAAAAUCAAAGCGUCAAGGUCGUUGGAAUGGAAGUGACCGCCCAUCCGGCCGACGGUGGGGCCUGGCGUGAGAACCCGCCUCGCGCCGCCCCGCAGCCCGCACCGCACAAAGCUGACGUCGUGAAAUCUAUAUUCCUCGAGACGGAAAUCCCUCAACAAUCCCGAGUUUUGGUAUCAGAGUUUGCGGAAGACAGGACGAAUAAACCAAAGCCUAGCAAACAUGCACCGUUGGUCGUGAGCGGGAAAAUGACGCUAUCGUUGAUACAGGACGCUCCGCGCGACACGCCCGACAGAGACCUGGAAUCUACGUUUGAUGACUAUACCACAGCAAGCGGCCUGACUCAACCAGCUGCAGAGAGAGAUGAUUUAUCCGAUGAAGAAAUUGAAGAAGAGAUAGAAAUUGAGGAAAUAGAAGAAAUUGAAGAAAGCGAAGAAGACGAAGUGAUUGAGCCUGAGGGUUUUGAGAAGAAAUGAACUGAUAUUGGUAUAAGGUAGGGAAGCUGGUGAUUACUGGUAGCUGGUUACUGUACGAAUCGUUAUAACGUCGGUCUAAUUACGAACAGAGCUUAGGUAACGUUAAGAAUAAAUUAAUUAAUAAAUAUGUGAACUUAUGUGACAAAUCGCUAACAAAAGGGUAACGAAAUUUAAAAUUAAAAACAACAAUAAGAUACUUGUUAAAUACGAGAUUUUGUUUACAUUUUUACAGCUAUGUGACGUCACAACAAAGAUAGGUAUUUAAUUUAUUUUGGCAUCAUCGGUAUGGGACAUAUUUAUAGAGAUUAAACAUCUUAUAUUCCCAAUGCUCUAAUUACCACCUCUUACCUUAUACCAUCCAAUGGUCUAAUGCCUUUUUUUUUAAACCUUUUUACUGUUAAUACAAUCUUGCCAUAAAUAUACCAUAGACUAAAAAUUAAUUUAAAAAAAAAUGUAAAAAAGAAGCUUAAAUUCCAGUACGCAGAUGAUUCGAUUGUAAUAAACAAAUGUCAUAUUGUUCCGCAGUCAAACAAAGAAAUCUUAUAAUUUCAUUACGUACUCUGCAAGUUCGCGCCGUCCUAUUCCCAACUUUUUUUUAAAUUUUAGCAUGGCUACGGAACUAUAGCAUUUGCAUCAAUACACACUUUACAAUUAAAUGAUUUCUGAUAUUUUUACUACUAUCCUUAAUGUAAUGCCGAUAAAAUUCAAGAAUGAUAACAGAAGGCGUACAUCACCAGCUUCCAAGGAAUGUUUCCACAACAUAUAAUUUUAUUACAAUAAUGGUAACUGUAUUUACACAAUUGUUCUCAGAAUUGUUUCUUGUCAGUUUUUAAGCUCUUUUUCUGCAUUGUAAAUUUAGUUUUCUAACUUUAUCUUAUUUAAAUAUUUUUAUUUUGGCAAUUAUUUCAUGAGAAACAUUUUAUUGAACAAACUUAUUUUUAAGUUAACCUUUUUUAUAUUUACUGUGCAAUAUAAUUUAUUAAAUAUGUAUCACUAAUCAAGUAGAAAUUGAUGUUGUUAACUUCAAAGUAGUUAUUAAGGAUAAAAAAAAAUACAAUAUCGUGGCUAAGCUCUUCUCUCUUUGUGUCUUUCUAGAACUGUCAAAAAGGUCUCGCAUUUUAUUUAUUGUACAUUUUAAUCUAUACUUAAUUUGGCUUAAUAAUAAAAUUGUAAGACUAUACAAAAAAAACAUUAUUGUUUAAAAGAAACAAAAAACUUUAUUCAAUAAACGAGCAGAUAAAAAAUGUAUCAAUUAAUACAAAGUCAAAAUACGAAUUUAUUUAUGUCUGUGUUAUCGCUGUGUUGCUGUGUUAAAAUUUGUGCCAAAUUUACUUCCAGCUUUACAAAUUUUUUUGGGUAGAUUUUUUACGCGUGUUUUUAGAUUUUAUUAUGUAUGUAAGUGAUAUUUUUGGUAUUUUUACUAUAAAUAAUUAAUUGUCGAAAUUAUGAAGAUUGUGAUGUCCACUAGUCAAAUUUACGAUAUUUUAAAACUGUUGUUGUAUUUUAAACAUUUAUCUACUUUAUAUUUUGUUGAUAAACUUAAAUGUUAACAUUUAGAAUUUAUUUGAGAAAUAGCACUAAUUUUGAUUAUUGUUAAUUGUUAAAUUAUUUAUGAAGACGUUUUUUCAUUUUUUUAAUGAUAACUUACAAUGAUUUCAAUCUUUCUUUUAUUUGAAUGAAAAUUUAAUCAUUAUUGUUUUAAGUUGUCGGCCUCACUUUUUGAUUCAGCUCUGGCGUUGGCUUCUUAAAGUUCUGCAUUUAAAUAAUUGUUUUCUGCUUUACAUAACAAAUAUGAAUGAAAUUUUUAUUACAUAACAGUAAUUUGACAGGACUAAUAGUAUUGUUUUUCUUUUUUAAGUGUGAUUUUAAUAAAGGAUAACUUAUCGAAUUAUCCUUAUUUAUUGUGUAUACAGAUUCGGCAUUAACAAGUAUAUAUGUGCCGUAAUACUUAAUGUUACUAAAUAGACUAUGUAGAAUAUUAUACAUAAGUUUUUUCUUGUGUUUUAAAUGAAAACUUUAAUCCUAAUAUUAAUAAGUAGCAUAUACUUAUACACUUUACUGGGAAUAAAUUCUAAAACUGUCAUCAUUUAUUAUAUGAAACAAAAAAUAUUUAGAGGAAUUAUUGUUGGCUGAAACCACAGUAUCAAGAGCCAAGAAAAAGGGAAUUAAAAAUGAUUGUAAUAUUUCACCUUAUUUUUUUUUUUAUUUUGAAAAAGGAAUUCUUACAACAAUCACAGCCAGUCGUAACACCUGAACAUUCCUUUUUUUUGUAUUAUUCUUGAAAAAAUAACAGAAGAGUAAAAUAUCUAUUUUGUAAUAUUUAUUAGAAAUUUGUAAUGAUGUUAUAGAAUGUGUGUCAACAUUUUUCAAAGCAUUUUUUUGUUAUUUAUUGCUUAUUUCAAAUGUUUCAUUAGUUUUUAAGAAAUAAAUAUUUAAUGUAGAA